AUGCAAGAUGACCUGGGUACAGAAGACGACGAGAGAACAAUUGAACUCUCUUCCAUCGCGGCCAUUUUCCCUGAACUGGUCGUCGACCCUCAAGACCCCUACACUGCCACGCUUGAACUCUCGGUAGCACCGGUCAAACCUCUCCGUAUUCUCUUCGCACCCCCGGCAGAUGGUGUGCCACCAACCCUACCGACGCCACCCUCAUCAACUGAACAAGACGAGGACCAUGUGACUGUCAAACCACAAGUACAGCAGCCUCAUCACCUCGAUGCCCACGAACUUUCCCAUCUGCCGCCUGUCUCCCUCCGAAUCACUCUUCCUGAACGUUAUCCUACCAACGAACCUCCAAUCAUCUCAGUAUCUGUCACCCCGCCAUGGCUCUCGCACUCAGUGCUCGACAAGUUAAAAGAGGAUUGCGCCAGGCUCUGGGAAGAGCUCGGCAAAGAUCAAGUGGUCUACACGUACAUUGAUCAUGUUCAGCAAGAGGCGGAACAAGCCUUUGGUUCAUCUGGGCAGACGGAUGUGCAGCUGCCUAGCGAUCUUAAAUUGGCACUGCUCGACUUCGAUCUAAAGACGAAGAGAGAGAUAUUUGAGAAAGAGACUUUUGACUGCGGGAUCUGUUUGGAACCUAAGAAGGGGGUCAACUGUCACAGACUCAUGCUGUGUGGGGAUGUCUUCUGCGUGUCAUGCUUACAAGAUUUCUACAAGAGCUGCAUCACCGAGGGCGAUGUUGAUAAUGUGAAAUGUUUGUCUCCUACUUGUGGUCAUGACAACGCUCCCAGAGCGGGGCCAGAUGGUUGGGCCUCGAAAAGACGCAAACAAGAUCGGACGUUAAGUCCAAGUGAACUGUUGCAAAUUCCCAUCGAGCAGGAGUUGGUGCAGCGAUAUGUGCGUCUCAAGCGGAAGAAGCGACUCGAGGCGGACAAGAAUACCAUUUAUUGUCCUCGGCAAUGGUGUCAAGGUGCAGCACGAUCGAAGAGGCAUCCCAAGCCGUCAGAUCCGAUGGGCGAUGUAGCCGAGGACAGUUCAGAAUCGGAGGAUGGGGAGGGACUGUCGUCUCACGCAUCUUCCAAGAACAAAAAGGACAAAUUCGAUCUUGAGACACUUCCGAUGUCUGAACGCCUGUCCGUCUGUGAAGACUGCAACUUUGCGUUCUGCUGCGUCUGCCGUAAAGGCUGGCACGGUGAACUGGCGCGCUGCAGCCCGCGGCGGCAGAAUGAACUGAACGAGGAAGAAGCCGCCACAUUAGCAUACUUGCAGAAGUAUUCGACAGGAUGUCCGACUUGCAAUGCGCCUUGCCAGAAGACCAUGGGGUGCAACCACAUGAUCUGCUUCAAAUGCAAGACACACUUUUGCUACCUAUGUUCGUCCUACUUGAUGCCCGACAACCCUUACAGGCAUUUCAACGACACGAAAAGUCCAUGCUAUAUGCGACUUUGGGUUCUUGAGGCUGGGGAUGGUGAAGGUGUCGACCUCAAUGGAUUCCACGACAACCCUGAACUUCCCCACUGGGAGGAAGAAAUCAUAGACUCGGAUUCCGACGACGAAGAUGACGACAACGGCAAUGUUGUUCGAGUGGUUCCCCCAGGAUUCCCAUUUCAUGAUUCUUCCGACGAUGAAGAGCCGGCCCCCGAUCAGCGGCGGAACAGAAACAUGCAUAUUGAGAUUGUGAAUUUCGCCCGUCCCGGUGCCGGCAAUCCUCAGAUCAUAGCGCUUCCCCAGCAGCGACCCAGAGGCCCCGAACCUGCGCCGCCGCCUGCGCCAAAUCCGCCUCGAGCGAGACGCGGAGGCCGGGGAGGUGGAGGCGGAGGCCAGCAGGCAAACCGCCAACGGCCAAUGAUGAACGAACCAGCCCGAGCCGCGAGGGGCGGCGCUCAGGCUCAGGAUCGUGGGCGGCGUCAGCAAGCACCCAACAAUCCAGCACCCCGUGCAAAUGGUGCCCACGUCGACCAACCUCCUCAUCACCAUGCUCACGUGCCACCUCAGCUCGACGGUGCCGUACCUCCGCUCCAGCUCCCUGUCCUCCCCUUCGCUGCACCGGGCCAGGGCAACCAUCCCGGCGCACGUGGCGGAGGAGCACAGCCCGGUCCCGUACGGGCCAUGGGGCUAGAGCGGUUUCUCCAACUAGCGCUGCAGGACCAGGAGGAUGAAUGGGACAGUGACGAGCUAGACGAGGAACUCGAUCUGAUAGCUGUCCACGACUUGAGGCGGAGGGAUCUUGGUCGGUAG